UUGAAUGGGGAAGGUCCUUCUAUUCAUUAUAUUUCUGUGGUUCAGACAGAUUGGUGGCUAGCCAGUUUGGGUUGGUAUACAAUGUAUGAUUAGCAUAGAUACAUACAUUUCCGAAUCGAAGGAUUCAUUGCUUCGCCAAAAUGUUUUUUAUACGUUUGCUUGAACGUUUACCGCCUGACCUGGAAUCAGUCGUAUUGUAAAAAUGAGGCAUUUUAAGAAUCCAAGCUAGAUGGCUAGCUAGCUUUCCAUUUUGUAAACUCAAUAUGCUUUGCUAGCGUAACGUUAGCCAAUUUGCUAGCUAACCGUUAGCGGACUAAUCGUGUAAACGUUAGUUAUUUUGGUUUUCUAGCCAACGUUACAUUUUAUUGAUGGGAUAACGUUAGCUGGCAAGGUGUCCUGUAGUUUGUCCCUCUGACUUCCUAAACCUAUCUAACGUUAGUUUACCAGCCUCCGCUUUAUUCCCUUAACUAUCGUUUCGUUUACUGGAUUUGACGUAACAUUAGCUGGCACUGGCUAGUAGCUGCAAGAUAUGGCCACUGCCUCUAGCUCCUGUGUGGGGAGAAAUGUGUCUAGAAAUGGACCCUCUGUCUCGACCCCGACCUCGGGAGCACCUGGACAAUCACAGCCUAUGGUCGUUGUAUGGGAAUGGCAGGAUGAUCUUGGCGUCUGGCUACCGUACAGCGGCCAGGUGAGCGGCUACAUAGAACAAUGUUUCUCUUCUCCGCGGGGACACAGGAGUGGGGGUCCUGGCUCCACCAGUAUCUGGCUCGGACAAUCAGAUCCCAGUUUGUCGCCUUAUCUUAUAGACAUACCAAGCUUGAAGCAGUUCCGCCAAGAUACAGGGAAAACGCGGUCUGUACGCCGUCAAUUGUUUGCCCAGUCCUCAGGCUUGGGUAGCGGAGUAUAUUGGGAGUGGGUGAAUGACGAAGGAGGAUGGACUCCAUACGAGACUCGCACUUCUAUCCUACUAGAACACAGCUACCAGGCACGGCAGGCCACAGCGGACAUUGUCUCACACGGCUAUAACUACAUAGUGGACCUCACGGCGCUGGCCCAGGUCAACAAGGCCACGGGCUACCGGCGACCGGUACGACGGCAGGGUAACCUCCCCUACCCACUGGCAUCUGGUGCAUCCGUCAUACACUCGGGCCCGGCCUGCUCCUGCCAGCAGUGUCUGAGCCACAGCAGCACUGGCCCCAUGUCCAGCCGCUCGCGCCAUUCCUUCUCGUCGGGGCAGCUGAGCCGGCCUAGCCUCCAGGUCCCUAGCAGGGCGACUGGAGCUCACCCCACCUCAGUGUACUCACCCUACCCCAGGAGGCCACUUUCUGUGGGGGGAAUGGCGUGGGGAGGCCCCUGGCCACUGGCACCCUCUGCUAGUCAACUCCCUGGAGCUCAACUGGCCUUGUCCACCAGUGCCAAUGGCUUAAGUAUCCCCGCCAUCCCUGUGCAACUGAAUGGAUCCACCAGUGUGAGCUCAGCCCUGGCAGGCAUGGCCUCCAUUUUGAUGUCAGCAGUGGGACUCGGCGUGCGCUUCAUGAGUGCCCCCUCCUCCGCUCCUCCUCCCCCCAGCAGCAGCAGCAGGCCCGCGGGCUCCAAAAGUCGCAGCUCGGUUAGGAGGGAAAAGAGGCAGCACAGGACAGUCCCAGCCCAGAAACCAGAGGAUGUCAUUCACCGCUACAUGGAGGAAGUUGCCUCUGCUCAAGACGAGGACUGCAUCAUCUGUAUGGACCGGCUGUCUUGUCCAUCGGAUUAUGACGUGGCGUCUGAGGGAGCCCAGUCCAUCCAGCCUGGUGCCGUGGGCAAGUUCAAGUGUGGACACACCCUCCACAUGCUCUGCAUGCUGGCCAUGUACAACAAUGGCACCAAGUCCCCAACGGGCUCGGGAAAGGCCACGGAUGGCAGCCUCCAGUGCCCCUCAUGCAAGACAAUCUAUGGGGAGAAGACUGGGACCCAGCCCAAGGGGAAGAUGGAGAUCUAUAGUAUCUCCCAGUCCCUCCCUGGCCACCCUAACUGUGGAACUAUCCAGAUCAUUUACAGCAUCACCCAUGGAAUACAGGGUCCAGAGCACCCUAAUCCCGGGCAGUCGUACACCUCUAGAGGCUUCCCUCGCUUCUGCUUCCUCCCAGACAACAAAAAGGGCAGAAAGGUGCUGGAGCUGCUGAAGGUGGCAUGGACACGGCGCCUCAUUUUUACGGUGGGAACGUCCAGCACCACGGGCGAGCCCGAUACGGUGGUGUGGAACGAGAUCCACCACAAGACAGAGAUGAUGUCCAACGUGUCGGGUCAUGGCUACCCGGAUCCCAACUACCUGGACAACGUGCUGUCCGAGCUGGCCUCCCAGGGGGUGAGCGAUGACUGCCUCCUCAGACAGGAGGACCCCAGCCAGGGAGGAGCGUCAAACUCUAGACUGUGAAAACUGGUUAUGGCUAGGGAGCAUCCGACUGUGAAACUGACCGUGAAUCACUUUCCUCGUAAUGUCGCAACUUCAACAUAGAGAACAUAAGGGAUAAACCAAGUAUUCACAUUCCCACCUGGAUGUGUUUUUAUUAAGUAUUCAAUGCAAAGCGUAUGUCUGAGUGCAUUGUGCCGAAUACUACACAUACUGAUAAUGUGGGGUUUGACUUGGACUUUAUUAGCUGCAGUAGUGCUCCAUUAGCUAUUGGUUUAGUCACCUAGGCUGUGUCUCAAACGGCACCCUGUAUACAUCCCUAUAUUUGUAGUGCUAUAUAUAUUUAUAUAUGUACACACACACAGUGGGGGGGGGAAGUAUUUAGUCAGCCACCAAUUCUGCAAGUUCUCCCACUUAAAAAGAUCUCCCACUUAUUUUCCACCAUAAUUUGCAAAUAAAUUCAUUAAAAAUCCUACAAUGUGAUUUUCGGGGUUUUUUUCUUCUCAUUUUGUCUGUCAUAGUUGAAGUGUAACUAUGAUGAAAAUUACAGGCCCCUCAUCUUUUUAAGUGGGAGAACUUGCACAUUUGGUGGCUGACUAAAUACCCUUUUGCCCCACUGUGUGUGUGUGGCAUUACAAAAGUCAUUUUUUCAAAGAUAAGGGCGCUCCACUAUAUAUGUGUAUAUUGCUCAAAAAAAUAAAGGGAACACUAAAAUAACACAUCCUAGAUCUGAAUGAAUGAAAUAUUCUUAUUAAAUACUUUUUUCUUUACAUAGUUGAAUGUGCUGACAACAAAAUCACACAAAAAUGAUCAAUGGAAAUCAAAUUUAUCAACCCAUGGAGGUCUGAAUUUGGAGUCACACUCAAAAUUUAAAGUAGAAAACCACACUACAGGCUGAUCCAACUUUGAUGUAAUGUCCUUAAAACAAGUCAAAAUGAGGCUCAGUAGUGUGUGUGGCCUCCACGUGCCUGUAUGACCUCCCUACAACGCCUGGGCAUGCACCUGAUGAGGUGGCAGAUGGUCUCCUGAGGGAUCUCCUCCCAGACCUGGACUAAAGACUAAACCAACUCCUGGACAGUCUGUGGUGCAACGUGGCGUUGGUGGAUGUCCCAGAUGUGCUCAAUUGGAUUCAGGUUUCGGGAACGGGCGGGCCAGUCCAUAGCAUCAAUGCCUUCCUCUUGCAGGAACUGCUGGCACUCCAGCCACAUGAGGUCUAGCAUUGUCUUGCAUUAGGAGGAACCCAGGGCCAACCGCACCAGCGUCUGGGGUCUGAGGAUCUCAUCUCGGUACCUAAUGGCAAUCAGGCUACCUCUGGCGAACACAUGGAGGGCUGUGCGGCCCCCCAAAGAAAUGCCACCCCACACCAUGACUGACCCACCGCCAAACCGGUCAUGCUGGAGGAUGUUGCAGGCAGCAGAACGUUCUCCACGGCGUCUCCAGACUGUCACGUCUGUGACAUGUGCUCAGUGUGAACCUGCUUUCAUCUGUGAAGAGCACAGGGCGCCAUUGGCGAAUUUGCCAAUCUUGGUGUUCGCUGGCAAAUGCCAAACGUCCUGCACGGUGUUGGGCUGUAAGCACAACCCCCACCUGUGGACUUCGGGCCCUCAUACCACCCUCAUGGAGUCUGUUUCUAACCGUUUGAGCAGACACAUGCACAUUUUGUGGCCUGCUGGAGGUCGUUUUGCAAUUUUGCAGGGCUCUGGCAGUGCUCCUCCUGCUCCUCCUUGCACAAAGGCGGAGGUAGCGGUCCUGCUGCUGGGUUGUUGCCCUCCUAUGGCCUCCUCCACGUCUCCUGAGGUACUGGCCUGUCUCCUGGUAGCGCCUCCAUGCUCUGGACACUACGCUGACAGACACAGCAAACCUUCUUGCCACAGCUCGCAUUGAUGUGCCAUCCUGGAUGAACUUGUGUCGGUUGUAGACUCUGUCUCAUGCUACCACUAGAGUGAAAGCACCGCCAGCAUUCAAAAGUGACCAAAACAUCAGCCAAGAAGCAUAGGAACUGAGAAGAGGUCUGUGGUCACCACCUGCAGAACCACUCCUUUAUUGGGGGUGUCUUGCUAAUUGCCUAUAAUUUCCACCUGUUGUCUAUUCCAUUUGCACAACAGCAUGUGAAAUUUAUUGUCAAUCAGUGUUGCUUCCUAAGUGGACAGUUUGAUUUCACAGAAGUGUGAUUGACUUGGAGUUACAUUGUGUUGUUUAAGUGUUCCCUUUAUUUUUUUGAGCAGUGUAUAUAUAGCGGCGCGCUCUUAUCUUUGACCAAAGGACUUUUUUUAUUUUUUGGAACAGCCUGAUGUUUCGCUUCCCUUUUGACAUGCUCCAUGGAAUGUGCCAGCUCUCACGGGGAAUAUAGAACAUCAGUAGCACUUUUUUAGUUUUUACAGUGCAUUUAAUUAACACGUAUGGUAAUUACCAGGUUAUCUGUGGUUGAUAGUAAAAACAUUUUUUAAUGUAAAUUAUGCAAUUACUUUUUUUAUUUUUUAUUUUGAGCAAUGUACUUACUCACCAAAUACACAGGCAUAUAACAAAAACAAAAUGGUAGCAAAGUGAGUACUUGUUUGUGUUAUAAUAGAAGAUUUUGGGCUGUAAUGAAAGCACUGUAAAGGAACAGAUUUGCCAGUAAAUGCCAGUUACUUUAGAAGCAUAACCCAGAAGAGAAACUUCUCACUUUGCUUUUUGUUUCAGUUGUAUUUUUUAUUUAUUCUUAAUGCAUUAUAAUUGAAAGGUGGAAUCCCUAGUUGCUACAUCCAUGUUUUACUUAAAUUAAUAUUAUGUACCCAUCGAUUCUUGAAUAAUAUAACUUAUAAAUGCCUCAUGCGCUUAGUUCAAUUGUCAUACCCCAACAGAACCCCAAAUAGAACCUUGUUACUCCAAUGUUUAAACAAUGUACAUUUAAACAAACUGUAUAGCCUCAACAUGGUUAAAACUAUACAUUUGAAUAUAAUGAAUGAUCAGUCCUUGAAUCUAUGAAUUUGAGAGUGGUUAUGUUUCUCCAGGCCCAUCCCUCAGCUUUUUACCAAAGCACAGACUGGGUGAUUGCUUUGUUUCAAUUAAGGAUUUUAUCUUUAAACAUUUAAAAUGGGGAAACAAACAGAUUUGUAAUGCAGUCACCUGUAAUGCAAUUAAAGCGGUGCCCAUGUUCAUAAAGCA